AUGGCAAGGGAAGCUAUCACGUUCAGUCUCCGAUUCCUCGGAGAAUAUCAACGCCCUAAACUGGCUAGCCUCCUCAACGAAGCAUUUCCUGGCUGGACGGCCUCCCACGAUCUGCAAGAUCUCCUUGAUCUAACCUUGGAUCCCUGGGAUAUCCCGUCCAAGGCCGUUCUCACAAGGAUUGGAAGCUUAUUGAGGGAUGAUGCUACGUGGCGUCGCUUUAAGGGUUGGAAUCAUGGAGUCCGCGCAAAAUAUCGUUUUUCUGCCACUGCGGUUGCAAUCAGAUUCUUUCGCCAGCUUUCGGUUGAGCAAAGGCGGCAUCUACGCGGUGUCACGCUCAUCGAGGAUGAAUAUGCUGUUUGCUCCCCUUCAACUCACGCUAUGGGUCUCAUCGAAUUCUGCAAAGACAAUCCAAGGCUGAGAAUACAACGCCACCUCAAACUAUGCCGCCGCGUCCCUGCCAUUUUCCACCCCUGUUGGGAUAUGCAUGGAUACAGCACUGUUGCUAAACCCCACAGUCAGCGUAGCAACGGUGGGCAAGACAUUGUGCCAGAGUUUGCCGUCGAGGGUAUAAACAUAUGGUUAGAAGAGGCAAUCUCAUUGCCAAACGCUGGAAUGCCCUGCAACUCCUACACGCUUUGCUUCGAUGGAGAACCUGAUAAAUCCUUUUUUUCUGACAUCUUCCAGAACAUCCUGCUUCGGCAAGACGCUUUGAUUCAAGCCAGCCAGAAGCUGAUGCGGUUGCGUCCUCAUCAAUUCGAUGUAUAUAGGUCACUUCCCUAUCAUCGUUGGCAAAGUGGCCACCUCUCAAAGGCAGUCAAGUACUUGAUCGAACAUCAUUCUGACAGUAUUGACAGUUUCCCGCUCAUCUGCUCCAAUUUUUAUCCUGGUCGGCCUCUUGAUGUCGAAAGCUUUAUCCAAGAGCGUCUUGAAUGGACAUUAGUGGAGUGGUUAGGCGAUGAGUGGAGAUUGUCUUUCCAUCUCAGACAGUGCCCUUCAACAUUUGGGAGCUGGAAUGACAAUUUAGUGUCUUAUUAUGAAUUCCAGAAGCAGGUCGAGCCUUAA